AUGUCGAAGGUCAUCAGCCCUGGACCGCGUCAAGCCAACGGUGUCGAGAAGCUCACCACUAUCUGGGCCGAAAACCACCGCUGGAUGAAGAACUCCACUUGCAGCGUGUGGUCGGAGACCCACAAGAAGGUCGCUGUUUACGAGUGUUUGAUUGACCACGUCAGUAACAGCACUAACGAGGUAGGCCCCUCAUACCACGUCCUGAUUGAACGGGCCUAA